AUACCGUAUUGCAUAUCGGUUAUGCUAAAAAUAAGCAAGCGGCCGCCAUCUUGGAUGUUUUGCAGACAUUGUGUUUGUGAUGGAAUUUCGGUAACGGUAUGGUUGAAUUCAAAUGCUGAAAAAUGAACAUUCGAUCUGAAUCAAAUUUAUGUACGAAAUAAAUCUACAAAGUACUGUGAAAUUUUUGCAACCACUUGAUUCUUGCAACGAAUUCUUAAUUGAUGGGAACAAAAGGUGCAUCGUGAACGUGGAGUGACCGUCUUUUUUGACUGGCCUAGCCAAAACUGUGCAGCAGCAUGCAUGUGCUGCAUGGCAGUGUUCGCGUCUGUGGAAAACAUCAACCGCGCAUGUCAAUGUGUACAUUUUCUUGCGUAUGUCACGUCGACUGUGUGUAACUGAGAUGGUGGGUACAGCAAUGUAGAAUAUGGAUGAUCCUGCAUGUACAUAUCGGUCUACAGAUUUCAAAUCGUGUCCUUAUGAAAAACGUGACAUGUUUCAUGUGAUGCUGUGUUACGUUUGCUGAAAUUCUCGGUAGUAAGACUUUGCGGAGCUUACAUAAGCCAACCAUUGUUGUGAGACGUGACAACAAACGAGUGGAGCACAUUUCGGAGUCCGCCAAGAGUAUGCCAAGUCCUUCCAAGAUACUGCCAGGAACCAGUGGAUGACAUGGCACCAGUUAUCAGCUUGGAUUUCAUCUAUAGGAUGUGCUUGUUUCUGUGGCUGUCGUAUUCAGCAGUACUGCUCAGGUGUGUUACAGGAGCAAGUGUCAACCUUCCCCUGUCCACAGUAUCCUGCUUAGAGUAUGACUCACAAAAGUGUACGGGCAAUGACAGUAAUUGCAACACAAUCAAAGACUGCGAUGUGGAAUUUGGCUACGCGGAUUUGGACCCAGAGGAGGUGGAGACGCAUAAAUGCUUUAUAUUGUGGCACAACACCUCCACGGGAGCUGAAGUCAUCAUGAAGGGGUGCUGGCAGAGUGGGCGAAGCGACGACUGCGUGGAGGAUGAGCGCUGCGUGUCCCACGAAGCAAACUCCGAUGGCGAGAAUCGUUACUUCUGCUGCUGCUCGGGUGACCUCUGCAACCAUGAAUUCAUUCAUGAUCCAAAGCCCAAACCGCUCUCAACAGAGCACCCAUUUCAAGAUCAAGGCCCUAAUGAAGACAAAAAGAAGAACCGCAGUAACGUCAUACUGACAACCGUUCUGUACACGCUGGUUCCCAUCACUGCAUUCACCGUUAUCAUCAUCAGUGUGUACUGGAUGUGUCGUCGCUAUCGGUACUCGCAGCUCACCUCGGUACCCAACAGCGAGCCCAGCCCGCUCUCCCCGCCAUCGCCGGUCUUGGGCCAUCGGCCGAUUCAGCUGCUGGAGAUCAAAGCGCGAGGGCGGUUUGGGGCCGUCUGGAAAGCCCAGAUGGGACACCAGCAGGUCGCUGUCAAAGUAUUCCCACUGCAGGACCGCCAGUCCUGGAUCACGGAGCAGGAGAUCUACUCCAUCCCUCAGCUCCGACACGAGAACCUGCUGUAUUUCAUCGGCACAGAGCGGCACGGGGAAGGCAUGGACCAGGAACUGUGGCUGAUCACUGAGUACCAUCCCCGGGGCUCACUGUGUGACUACCUCAAGGGCAACCUACUGUCCUGGAACGAUCUGUGUAAGAUCUCGUUGUCCAUGGCCUACGGCUUGGCCUUCCUUCACGAAGACUUGCCUGCCACCACUCUCUGCAUCGCCAAGCCCGCCGUCGCCCACAGAGACUUUAAGAGUAAAAAUGUACUCCUGAAAAACGACUUGUCUGCAUGCGUUGCAGACUUUGGGCUGGCUUGUAAAUUUGAAGCGGGUAAAAGCCCUGGAGAUACUCACGGACAGGUCGGCACAAGGCGAUAUAUGGCCCCCGAGGUGUUAGAGGGCGCUAUUCAAUUCCAGAGGGAUGCAUUCUUGCGUAUCGAUAUGUACGCCUGUGGACUGGUGCUGUGGGAGAUAGCAUCUCGCUGCACAGCACAGGAAGGCCCAGUUGAUGAAUACAUGCUCCCGUUUGAAGAAGAGGUCGGUCAGGCUCCGACUCUUGAAGACAUGCAGGAAGUAGUGGUGGUGAAGAGGCUGCGGCCAGUCUUCAGAGACAGCUGGCUCAAACAUUCAGGAAUGCAGCUCCUCUUCGAGACCAUCGAGGAAUGCUGGGACCACGAUUCGGAGGCCCGUCUCUCGGCCGGAUGCGUGGAGGAGCGACUCAGCCAGUUGCUUCGUUGCAACUCCUACACUGCCCCACUGAUCUCGCUCACUCCCUCGCCCCCGAAGGAGUCCAGCCUUUGAGGUAUUCUGGUAUUCACAUGCACCGACAGGCAAUGCUCGUCAUUUUUGUUACCUCAGUUAUCGGGAGAUAGUGCCGCAUGGAUAUUCUUAAUAUUUU